GCGUGCGUGUCUGUCUGUCUGUCUGUCUCUGUCUCUGUCUGUGUCUGUGUCUGUGUCUAUCUCUGUGUGUGUUUUUGUGUCCCAGGUCCAGCUGGAAUCCGUCUGUCUAUCUGUCUCUCUCUCUGUCCGUCCGUCCGCCUGUCCGUCGUCCGCCUGUUUGCUUGCUCGUUGGCCCGAGACGUACAAACCCUCCUCAUCUCGUAGAGGGACCCGCUACCGAACUGCUUGCUACCGCAUACCGGAGAAAAGUACCAGACCUAUAUCCACAUCGCUCCUUGGUCUUAGUGGCAGCCCGCCUACAUCCCAGUUCAUGACGGACCUCACGUUGCAGCCCGGACUUUCCGCCAAACACAGAACCAGAUCCAGACCCACCACCACCACUACUUCCUCCUCCUCCUCCUCCUCCUCCUCCUCCACCACCACCACUACCACCGACGUAACACCCCCCAAGGAAACCAAUCCUCUCGCAGCGUCACACUGCUCCGACCCAAAAGCAAAAGUCGACCACGUUCUUCCCGCGUUUCCCACUUCUGUUGCCGCUACUGCUCCUCCUGUUUCCGUUCUUGCUUCUGCUGCUGCUGUUGCUGCCGCUUCCGUCUCUGGUGUCGUCGUCGUCACUUCUUCUUCUUUUUCUUCUUCUCCUUCUCCUUCUUCUUCUUCUCCUUCUCCUUCUUCUUCUUCUUCAUCUUCUUCAUCAUCAUCUUCUGCUGUCGCUACCAGUACCGCUACUACUGCUUGUUCGUCCGCAUCUACAUCUACAUCUACGACUACUACUUCACCUACUGCACCCGCUUCAUCUGCCGCGACCAUCUCGACUACCAUCGCUUUGACUUGUACUCCCACCGCCACCACCUCCACCACCGCCAUCAGUAGUACAUCCGACUGCUCCCACACCUCCCAGGUUCAACAGCCACUGCCACUACCAUUGCCUCUUCGACCUUCGCAACCUCACAGCCCUCAUCCUCCUCCUCCUCCACAACCACUACAACGGCCACUAUCAUUGUCACGUCACUCUCAACCCCCUCCUCGCACAAUCACAUUUGAACCUCCUCGCAUACCUCCUCCCGUAGUGCUAUUGCCUCCUCCGCCGACCUACCGCCAGUCGCCACGUUGUACUAGUACAGGUCCCGGCUCAAGUUCAGGCCCUUCUUCCUUUUCUGCUGAUCGUCUGUCCUCACUCGCUUCCUUCGUUUCCGAGAAGACGCACCACUACGCCCGUCGCGCCUCCGUCACUCUUUCCGCCUCAACGGUCGCUGCCGCCUUUUCGACGAACUCCUCCUCCUCCUCGGCGUUCGAUCGACAUCACCACCGUAACAGUAGCUUGGCCUCGUCGCCGACACCCCACCACAACCACCGUCAUAACUCCUCCACCUCAACCUUCUACCCCAACACUUCGGACGAACGUAUAGCGGUUUCGAAGGCGACACCACCCACCACUCCCACCUUCAGACCGACAUCGUUCCUCUCGAAACGUGCACCGCCGCUCUCCGGAUCCUCCUCUGCCACACUCGACACAAUUUCUCUCCGAAAACAGAAGAAAUCGACUUCGACCGAGAGUCUGCUCGACUCCGCGGGACGCAACGUCAAGACUCGUGGGAAGGAACCUACGCCUCCUCCCCCUCCGACCAACACCAAAAAAUCCGCCGGCCUCUCCGGUCCGACCAGCAAGAUGCAUCAGACAAGCUCCCGGUUGCUCAGGAUGACGGACGACGAUAGGCCUUUCACUCGGGUACGUAUUCCUUCCGCUAUCGCUGAUACUGUCGAGAGCACCGUGACUGCUCGAGAGUCGAAUAGGGCGGUGGAGAUUGUAUGGUGGUCUUCGUGGUGGUGGUCAGAAUAGCAUUUUCCAAUGUGCCAAUGGAUGGUGAUCACGGCUUGCUGCGAGAUUGUUGUUACUGUUGUGGUGAAUCACGAUGGCUGACGUUGGAUACGUAGGACUUUAAAGAUUUGUUCUCGACGU